AUGCCUGAGGAGUUCGGGUCAAGGUCCAAGGCAAAUGGCCAGGUCAGCGUUGUGCCACCACAGAUGGCCAAACGAGCUAGGGCAAUGAUCUGGGACCAGUCGCAAGUCUUUGUUGCCUCCGCCGAUGGCGAUUUGCUCCUGUGCUUCCGUGUGGCUGUCUUUCUUUGUGCCUGGAACGCCAGGCCAAGUGAGAAACGGCCACUUUCGUCCGCCUGUAUCCCUGCUAGCAUCGAAGCAUCGAACGUGCUUCCUUUGUGCUCUGAGACGGAGUCAAGGCCCGCUGGAAAGGCCCCUGGCCUGGAGCCGCCUGGGCGGUUUCCCUCGUCGCUAAACCUCUGA